AUGGCUGUGACUCCUAAAAUUGCUCCUUCCAUGCUCUCUUCCGACUUCGCCAAUUUGGCUUCCGAGGCUCACCGCAUGCUCAACUUCGGCGCCGAUUGGCUUCACAUGGAUAUCAUGAUUGCCAUUGCUUCCAAAUUAAAUGGGUUUUUUAAGUUGCAUUUCAAUAAGAAUUCUCUAAGGCAUUUUGUUCCCAAUUUAACUAUUGGCGCUCCAGUUAUUGAAAGUUUGAGAAAACACACAAAGGCAUAUUUGGAUUGUCAUCUUAUGGUUACAAAUCCUCUUGAUUAUGUUGAACCCUUGGCAAAAGCUGGCGCUUCUGGUUUUACAUUUCACGUAGAGACAUCAAAAAAUGACUGGAAAGAACUUAUCCAAAGAAUUAAGUCACAUGGCAUGAGGCCUGGGGUAUCAUUAAAGCCUGGGACCCCCAUUGAAGAGGUCUUUCCUCUUGUGGAAGCUGAAAAUCCUGUGGAAAUGGUUCUUGUGAUGACUGUAGAACCUGGAUUUGGAGGACAAAAAUUUAUGCCAGAGAUGAUGGAUAAAGUACGUAUACUUCGGAAGAAGUAUCCAUCGCUUGACAUAGAGGUUGACGGUGGUUUAGGGCCUUCAACCAUAGAGGUGGCUGCAUCAGCAGGAGCAAACUGCAUUGUUGCUGGAAGUUCUGUGUUUGGUGCCCCGGAGCCAGCUCAAGUAAUAUCCUUGCUGAGGAAUUCUGUUGAGAAAGCCCAGCAAACCUUGAUACAGUAA